CUUGGCCCCAAGAGAGUGACCGGUUAUGGGCCCUGGCAACCGGGCUUAGCCGCGAGGGGUGGAAGGGUUUAAAAGUUACCUGGACGCCCUGGUUUUAGUGCGGUUUUUUCCAAUUGCAUGGACAGAUUGUUUCUGUAUUCAAUUCAUUCUAUUUCCUUUUUUUUUCUCCUUGAAUUUUAUCCUUCUUUCAUGUCACACCAUGUCGGAGAAAACUAAAGAAGACUUCCUGGCUCCUGUGCCCUCGCAGCUUGGUGAAAUCGAGGAAGGGGCCGCCCAUGAUGCCGUCUUUGGAGAGAUCACCGAGGAUGGUCCUAACUAUCGCGCUGUAGGAUGGAAGGGAACAGCCGUCUUGAUGAUGAAGACACAAAUAGGUCUUGGUGUCUUGUCAAUCCCUGUCGCCUUCGAUGCCCUCGGCGUCGUACCGGGUGUGAUAUGCUUGAUUGUCAUUGCGGGUAUUACGACGUGGUCUGACUAUAUCAUUGGCACUUUUAAGUUGCGGCAUCGCGAGGUCUAUGGCAUUGACGAUGUUGGCGAACUGCUGAUGGGUCGAUUUGGGCGUAUUCUGCUGGGAGGUGCUUUCAUUCUUUGGUGGGUCUUCGUGGCUGGCUCUGGAAUGCUGGGAAUCUCUAUCGGUCUCAACGCCGUUUCUUCCCAUGCGACGUGUACCGCAGUCUACGUGGCCAUCGCUGCUGUUGUCGCCUUCGCAUUUGCGAGCAUUCAGACUCUCGGGCGCAUCUCGUGGCUAGCCUGGAUCGGUCUCUUCUGUAUUCUGACUUCCAUCUUGAUCGUUACCGUUGGAGUCGGUAUUCAGGAUCGCCCUUCUGCUGCCCCCAAAGAUGCCGUCUGGGUCUCGGAUUAUAAGAUCGUCGGUACCUCGUCGUUCACUGAUGCUAUUUCCGCCAUCUCCACAAUCAUCUUCGCCUAUGCCGGAACGCCUGCUUUCUUCUCUAUCGCCUCUGAGAUGCGUGAUCCCACCCACUACAACCGGGCCCUGAUGCUCUGCCAGUCGGUUGUGACUUGCUUCUAUCUCGCCAUCGGCAUUGUCAUCUACUAUUACUGCGGCUCCUAUGUCUCCUCUCCUGCUCUCGGCUCGGCUGGUCCGGUCGUGAAGAAGGUGAGCUACGGCUUUGCGUUGCCUGGUCUGAUUGUUAGCACACUGCUAUUUGUCCACAUCACUGGAAAAUACAUCUUCGUCCGCAUGCUCCACGGCUCCCGCCAUUUGACCGCCAACACCGUCAAGCACUGGGUCAUCUGGCUCGGAUGCACCUUCGGCGUCACCCUGAUCGCCUAUAUCAUCGCCAGCGCUAUCCCUGUCUUUGGCGAUCUCGUCUCGCUGGUUGGUGCCUUGCUCGGUACCCCAAUGUGCUUCCAGCCCAUGGGUGGCAUGUGGCUCUACGAUAACUGGUCGAAGGGCAAAAACCAUCGCACUAUGAGGUGGAACCUGAUGGUCUGCUGGUCUAUCUUUGUCAUUGUGGCUGGAUUCUUCUUGAUGGUCGCAGGCACGUAUGGGUCUGUUGUGAGUAUCAUCAACAGUUAUAAGAAGUCUGGGGGUUCGGCUUGCUGGUCUUGCGCCGAUAAUUCUUAGAUAGAAAUAUGAUAGAUUAGAAUUAUAUUCAGUACUUGGAUG